UUUAUAGGGAGCGCCCGCCCCGCGCUGCAAGUCGGCGCCUCGCUCUCCGUUCGCCAUGCGUCCCGGGGCGCCGGGGCCGCUGUGGCCACUGCCCUGGGGGGCCCUGGCCUGGGCCGUGGGCUUCGUGGGCUCCGUGGGCUCGGGGGACCCCGCGCCCGGGGGUGUCUGCUGGCUCCAGCAGGGCCAAGAGGCCACCUGCAGCCUGGUGCUGAGGACUGACGUGAGCCAGGCCGAGUGCUGUGCCUCUGGCAACAUCGACACUGCAUGGUCCAACUUCACCCACCCUGGGAACAAGAUCAGCCUCCUGGGCUUCUUGGGACUCGUGCACUGUCUGCCCUGCAGAGAUUCGUGCGACGGCGUAGAGUGUGGCCCGGGCAAGGCGUGCCGCAUGCUGGGGGGCCGCCCGCGCUGCGAAUGCGCACCAGACUGCGCUGGUCUACCCGCGCGCCUGCAAGUUUGUGGCUCGGACGGCGCCACCUACCGCGACGAGUGCGAGCUGCGCGCCGCGCGCUGCCGAGGCCACCCGGACCUACGAGUCAUGUAUCCCGGCCGCUGCCAGAAGUCCUGCACGCACGUGGUGUGCCCGCGGCCGCAGUCGUGCGUCGUAGACCAGACCGGCAGUGCGCACUGCGUGGUGUGUCGCUCCGCGCCCUGCCCAGCGCCCACCAUCCCCGGACAGGAGCUUUGUGGCAACAACAACGUCACCUAUAUCUCCUCUUGCCACCUACGCCAGGCCACCUGUUUCCUGGGUCGCUCCAUUGGCGUGCGCCACCCGGGCAGCUGCGCAGGCGCUCGCGAGGAGCAGCCGGAGACCGAGUCGGAGGAGGAGGAGGAGAACUUCGUGUGAGCUGCGGCGGCACCGCCUGUCGUGCGAGGCCGUCCCUCUCUUAUUUAUUGUCACAGCAGCAGAAUCUAAUUUAUGUCCUGCGGACUCCUGAACCUGGGUAGGGAUCUCUUGGGGAUCCCAGAGCGCGCUGACGAUAUCUUAGAAGGGCUGAGGGAAGGCGACCUCCAGAAGGGCCAGUGGGUGUGUAGACCCUGGAGACUCAGCGUCAGGUUAGGGGACCUCCUGGGGAAGCCAGCCCGUAUCCCAGGCACUUGCUGCUCACAGGAUCCCAGUUUGUGCUUCUUGGAGGAUGCCUGUCGGUUACACGGCUGGUGCACUAAUUGCCCUUGAUGAUGAUUUGUGGGAGGCUCCCCGAUUCCCCUCCCCGGGCCAGAGGUGAAGAGGCUGGCCUCAGAGCACAGCGCCUGGAGCCCAAGGCAGGUGUCCACACCAGACCAGCAAAAAGUCAGGGAAGCAGCACGGUGUCCUCCAAGCCCAAGAACAACAGGUUUCUGCCGUCCCCACUGUCUCUGAUUUCCAGUACCUUCUGUAAGGGCCCCUAAGAAAUGCCCAGCAUGCUUCCUGAGUAGAGUCCCAUCCAUGCCUCCUGACACAGGCAGCAGAACUGCCCAGGACCUCCUAAAGGUUCACCUGGUGAUAUCCGAUGGCCUCAGAUGUGGGGCAGCUAGCAUUCACCCAGAACUGGGCACUCUGUCCUGCAGUGCCCAGUCCACUUAGGGAUGAACAGAUGGGGACCAUGAGUCUCAGCUUACUCACAGGAUAAGGGACAAGACUGACCUGUGCAGUGCUGGGUUCCUGCUGCCCAGUGGUUGGCCUUGGCCAGGCCUUCAGACCCAGUUCCCAGCUGGCCCCUCUCCACCUGCCAGUUCUGGGGCCAGUCCCUGAAGCUGCUUGCCCUUCACUCAGACUGUGUUGGAGACCAAAGACAAACCAGUGGGCAGAAAGCCCAGCUCCCCUCGUCAAGGGCCAGGUGUCUAGUGAGGCCCUGCCCAUCUUCUUCCAGCCCAGAGUGCUGUGCUGCAAAGUUGAGUGAGUGUCCUGAGCCAGGGUCCACUGAGCCCUGACAAGGCAACCUUCCCCACACUGGGUCCUGCCUCACCAAAGAAAUAAAGACUGGAA